CAAGAAAUAAAGAAAAGGACGCGGUUUGGUUGUUUGCUCUAUAAUGCUAAUCUAGCUGUGCAUCUUCAUUUCUUUCUUUUUCUCUUUCUCUUCAACACGAAAUCCACACAUAUUUUUCUCCAGCUAAUCUCCCAUCCAAUUCCACUUUUGGAGAUUACAAUAAAGGGGGUGUUGCUGGAGGAGGGGAAAGAGAAAGAAUGGAGGAAGCAAUGGCAGCCCAAUAUUGGUGUCACAUGUGUUCUCAAAUGGUCAAUCCCAUUAUGGAAGCUGAGAUUAAAUGCCCCUUUUGUCAAAGUGGAUUUGUAGAAGAAAUGAGCAGUAGCACAAGGGAAAAUCAGGAGCCUGAUCCUGAUUUUAGUUCUGAUCGUGCACUCUCUCUUUGGGCCCCAAUCUUGCUUGGAAUGAUGGGAAAUCCCCGUCGACGGAGAAGAUAUAGAAGAAUGGAUUUUGAAGAAGAAGAGGACAGUGAUGAUGGUGAGCCACACCAUGGAGGAGAAACUGAGUUAGACCGUGAACUUGAAUCAUUCAUGAGGAGGAGGAGAAGAAGUUCAGCUACGAUAUUACAAUUGCUUCAAGGAAUUCGAGCUGGAAUGGCAUCUGAAUCAGAGAAUUCUGAAGGAGAAAGGAAUAGAGAUGGAGAUAGAGAUAGGGAAAGAGAACGAGUCAUUUUGAUCAAUCCUAUGAAUCGAACUGUCAUUGUUCAGGGUUCAUAUGAUUCAAGCAAUGGUCAAAACCAGAAUCACACUCCCAUUGGGUCAUUAGGUGAUUAUUUCUUAGGACCUGGUUUGGAUAUGUUGUUGCAGCAUUUAGCAGAGAAUGAUCCAAACAGAUAUGGUACUCCACCAGCACAAAAGGAGGCAAUUGAGGCAUUGCCUACUGUAACAAUCAAGGAAACUUUCCAAUGUUCAGUUUGUUUGGAUGAUUUUGAGAUUGGCACUGAGGCAAAGGAAAUGCCAUGCAAGCACAAGUUUCAUAGCUCAUGUAUAUUGCCAUGGCUGGAACUUCAUAGUUCUUGCCCAGUUUGCAGGUUUCAGUUGCCUGCUGAUGAGUCCAAGUCUGAUUCUGAGAGGUCUCGGAUUAGCAUUCAUCGGACAGAAAGCAGUAAUGUUGAUAAUAACAAUAGUAGCAGCAAUGGCAGUAACAGUAGUAAUAGUAGUAAUAAUCACCAACAUCACGGAAAUAGCAUUGAAGAGGGAGAAGAGGAGGGAAGAAAUGGAAAUGGUAGAAGGUUUUCAUUUCCUUGGCCUUUCAAUAGUUUGUUCUCAUCUUCCUCAGGAUCUCAAUCCAGUGGAAAUCAUUCAACCUCAACUUCAUCAUCCUCUUUGGCAAAUGCCCCUGGAAAUGCUUCCCAAAGAGAUGAGAAUUGAGUUUGAUUUUCAUUAGUUGCCAUAUUAGCUUCUUGUUCUCCAAGUUGCUUGAAUGUGUGUUGCCUUGCUUAUGUACAUAGUAUGUUACUGAAUCCUGAAUCUUUUGAACAAAAAAGAUUGUUGUUUUGAGCUGCC